CUGACGGAACCUCAGUUUUGUCCCUUUGACUGACUGCCCAUGUUGAAUUCACAUGGUCGUUGUUUCCUCUACUGACCGCGACACUAACAGAUGAGGCGCUUUCUGUGCUCUGGGCCGCGCGGAAAGAGACGCUCGUCUGCUAGGAAUAAAGUACUUCGACCCGGACCCACCCCCACCUCGAAAUUCUCUCCUUUCCAGCGUCGCAAACCGCAACCCCGCCAAGUAUCCCAUCGCGCAAACGAGUCGAGAGGGUUAGUCACCGCCCAAACCUCGCUUCCUCUAGAAGACCGACUGAAGAAACCUGCGUUAUCCAAUUGAGUCUACCCGACCGGAACGGUACAUCGGCACAAUGGUCUACUACUUUACCUCCAAGGCGGUGGACCCUGCCGCCUUCAUCUACGUCGGCAAGGACAAGUUUGAGAAUGAGGAAUUAAUCAAGUACGGCUGGGAGGAAGACGUCUGGUUCCACGUAGACAAACUCUCCUCCGCUCACAUCUACCUCCGCCUCCCGGACCCAAAGGACCCAUCCACAACAACGCCCAUGACAUGGGACGCCAUCCCCCAACCCCUCCUCACCGACCUCGCCCAGCUCACAAAAGCAAACUCCAUCGAGGGCAACAAAAAGGAUAACAUCACAAUCAUCUACACCCCCUGGUCCAACCUCAAAAAGGACGGCAGCAUGGCCGUCGGCCAGGUCUCUUUCAAGGACCCGCGUAAAGUGAAAAAGGUGCUCGUCGCGCAGCGCGAGAACCCCAUUGUGAACAGGCUCAACAAGACCAAGGUCGAGAAGAAGCCGGAUUUGCAGCAGGAGAGGGAUGAUCGGUUGAAGGAGUUGAGGAAGAGGGAUCAGGCUUCUUCUCUUGAGAGGAAACGAGAAGAGGCCCGCGUCAUGCAGGAGCGCAAGGAGAAGAAGUGGCAAAAGGACCACGCGUAUGAUGAUAUCUUUACGGAAGAGAACAUGGAGGCCACGAGCAACCAGAACCGCGACGAGAACUGGGAGGAUGACUUCAUGUAGUCUCCCUUCUGUUUGCUCGUCUUACAUUUUUCUCUUAUAGCGGGAAGCUUUUCUUCCAUCGUCAAUGCCAUUCAGCCUCAUCGUCUGCCUCUCCCUCCCUCAAAUCAAACAAAGAUCAUGCGUCAUGUUGCUGUGCACACUGAUGCCAUGAAAAGGACCAAAUGGUGUA